UCAUUUCUGGUGUUUAUGUUUAUGUUUGUGUUUUGUGGUGUAGGUAUACUUAAUGCUGGUGAAGAAACUGUAAUGCAAUUUCUGUGCGACAUUUUAAUGACUUCAGUAUUAUUUGUUAAUAAUAUGUUAUCGAUGAAUGUGAAGACAUAGCAAAUGAGAUUUUAGCUUCUGAACCCGUUGAAGAUGUCGGUGUUGGUACACAUGACCCGUGUAGGUAUUUAUACUUCUACGACGUCAGUUAGCAGCAACUGCUCCUUGUGUCAUGGGCGUAUCAUCCCUGCAGUCUUCUUAAGGAUGGGCCGUUCGAAUGCGCGAGGUUGCUCCGAGUCUCAACUGCCACAAAACAGCAUUAGUCACUGCCAUAUAUUCAAGCCCAGGUCCCAGUCAGUUGCAGGACGUUACCUGGGAUCCAGAUGCGAAUACAAAAGCAACCACUCAAGCCCAGGUCCCUUUCAGGUUUUUGGAGCGGCAACCGCCGAAGGAGAUGGAGUCAAACCAAAGUGGCAGCCGUUCUCAAGAUGGCGACAGGUGCACGUGCACCAAACCAUUGAUCCUUCUGAAUGAGCUGAGAGAGAAGAACGUCUUGUGUGACGCUGUGUUGAGGUUGGAGGACGGCGGCGUCUUUCCAGUCCACAGAGUUAUUCUGUCGAUGCGCAGCGAAUAUUUCAGGACCCUGUUCACGACAACACUGCACACUGGAGAGAAGACUGAUAUUCUCCUCCACGGAAUUAGUUCGGACGUGAUGACUCGGAUACUGGAUUUGUCUCAGCAGAGCAAAGAACUGCUGGAACUGCCUGUAGAGGAGCUGCAAGCGAUAAUCGAGUCCGAGGAACUGGUCGUGGAGGACGAGAAAGUUGUGUGGGAGUGCAUUCUCCGGUGGAUCAACCACGACUCGGACAACAGGAAAGGUCACAUCGCGGACCUUUUGAAGGGCGUCAGACUGGGACUACUUGACGCAAAGUUUUUCGAGGAGAAGGUCAGUAUUCCCCUGGAUGUUUAUGGGAAGUGA